AUGACCGGUCUCUUACUGAUUGGAGUUGUAUUGUUGGGCUGGUUACUGGGGUCGGAUGCGCGGGAUUGCAAGUCCUUACCGGAUGGUAUGUUCGACAAUUACUUUCGUAUUUGGAGUGCGUUGCUGUACGAUCACAAUGGUACACAGAUAAACACGACCGUGCUGGUGGGGCAGUUCAUUUGUGAGUUUUUUUUUGAAAUUUUGUUAAAUUUAGUGAUUAAGGGGCGGAUACUGCUUGUAGCGUAGGAUAGGCUAAUCCAAAAGCUAAUUUCAAUGAUUUUAGCGAACAAGGUACCUUCUAAAACUGGCAUUUCGAUUUCCUUCUACAAUGUUCCCCAAGCCCGCUUGAUGAACAUGGACUUCUCUGUGAGUGUACAACCAAACUACUCUCAACGAAAUUAUGACAAUUCGGUCAUUUUCUCGGAUGGUACUAACUUAUACAGGGUGUUUGACGAGUAGGUUUUACAAUUUUUUAAAUGUACUCUACCUUACACUACAGUACUUUACCGUACUCUAUCUUACAUUACAUUACCCUACCUCACCGUACCCUACAAUACAUUACCCUACCGUACCCUACCUUACACUACAUUACCCUACCCUACCUUACUGUACUCUACCUACCCUUACACUACAGUACCCUAUUUCAGCCAAUCCCUGGUAGUGCCAUUCCAAGGGGAUCUGCCUUUAAAUCGCCUCUUCUUCUACAAGAAUUUGCUGGUACUGAACAGGACUCAUGUGAUCCGUCUCUCCCACAUCAUCACCUCCAGUGAUCAUACCGUGUUGAACAACUUCUACGAAAGUAUGUUGUCUUUGCUUCACAUUGCGUUCCACAAUGAAACGGAGAUCAAACAGAUUGCCAAUUGCAUGGAUCCGGAAGGCCGACCUUGUGUUUGGGACACGAAAGCACCGAAUGGUACACUGGUGGAGACUUUGCAACAAAAGUUUGAGCCGACCGAUUCGUCGGUUAUCACUUUCAAUGGAUUUUCGUUUACUUUGUGAGUUUGUUUUUGAAUUUUUUAAGUUUACGCUUAGCCGUUUAGGCUUAGUGGCACAGUUCAGGUUGCUUAAGUUUGGUUUUAGAAUUAGGCUUUGUCACUUAGGCUUAACCGCUUAGGUUUACGUUGUUCAGGCUUAGCUUUGGCUCUUCUGGUUUAGGCUUAGCCGAUCACGCUUGAUCGCUUAGACUUUGCUGCUUAGGCUUAACAGUUUAGGUUUAGGCUUUCUUUGUUCGUUGUUUCAAGCUCAGGUUGAGUUAAGUUGCUUAGCCUUAGUGGCUUAGGCUUUGUUUCUUAAGUUUAGCCGUUCAGGUUUAGGGAUAGCCGAUUAUGUUUAGUUUCUUAGACUUAGCGGGUCGGCUUUGCUGCUUUGGCUUAGUCGAUAAAGUUUAGGCUCAGGCUGUGUCGUUUAAGCUCAGGUUGGUUUGCUUAUGUUUAAUUGCUUAGGCUUGGAAAUUAAGUCUUAGCCGCCCUUGGUUUAGCCUUAGCCGGUUUAGCUCAGUUUGAGUCGCUUAGGCCUAGUCGUUUACUUUAAGCCGCUGAGAUUCAGUAUUAGCCGAUCACGUUUAGACUUACAAAUUGUUAGCGGCUUAAGCUCAGUUCUAGUCACACAAGUUUAGUCGCAUAGACUUGGAAUCAAAAACCUUGUCUGCCUAUGACAUACCUUUCGAAGUAUGUACAUAUUAUGCAAAUUUUGAAUGAAAAUUUUUGUUUAUUAUAAAAAACUUUUAGAAAUGGAUUUUCCAAGUACACGAUCAUCUCCACCACGGACCCGGACAAUUGUUUCAGUGGAGAUCCGAACGCUUUGUUCAAGGACACUAAGGGACCUGAAGGAUACCAGAAUCUUACGCUGAUGACCACCAUUCCCCUCUUCAACCGGUACGACAAGUUUUUCAAGGAUCGUAAGUGCAUUUUUUCUAUUUUAAAAUUUUUUUUUUAUUUUAAAAAUUUAAAAUUGGAAAAAAAUUUAAUUUCAAAUGUUUCAGACUCCAACAUCUUCAAUUGGGAUUCGUCUCCAGUAAGCAGCACGCUCGGUACUGGUCCAACAAUCACUUCGAUUUUCAUUCUUUGUAUUAUGUUCAUGGCUUUCGUUUACUAA